AUUUAUUUACUAGCACCCCCCCCCCCCCAAAGGAUUAUGGUAAGGGAUAACGUUCACCCCAUCUGCGAAUAUCGCGUCGCGAUAUUUCGCCGCGCAUUUUUCGGCUAAAAUUUUCGCCGCGCAUUUUCGCUCGCGGCAACGGCGGGAAUUAUACUCGCAUCUCGCGAGAACUGUGGCCGCCAUUUUGGAUAGAGACUCCAUGUCCUCAGUGCUCGGUUUUUGCGCUCGGAUUGCAUAAGCCUGUCAGACGACCAGGCAGGGCUCUCAAAUCUGUGGCCGUUUGUCCAGGCCUCACCACUGCAGGGUUCAUUCCCUGGGCUUUGGGGUGUCGCCCCGAAAUUGCUGCUGCUACAGAGGUGUCAGACAUACAUCCUCUAUUCCUGGGUGCUGCCCAGUGUAAAAAUCCCAAUUUACCCUGCUGGGGUUAUAGGUACUGCUGGUACCAUCUCUAUACAUCCUCUAUUCCUGGGUGCUGCCCAGUGUAAAAAUCCCAAUUUACCCUGCUGGGGUUAUAGGUACUGCUGGUACCAUCUCUAUACAUCCUCUAUUCCUCGGUGCUGCCCAGUGUAAAAAUCCCAAUUUACCCUGCUGGGGUUAUAGGUACUGCUGGUACCAUCUCUAUAUACUUUAUACUACCCUGUGCCAGGGUGUUGUUGGACAAUGGACCAGAACACUGCACAGCUUCAGGCCAUGAUUAAUGAGGCAGUUGCUGCCUCGAUGGAGAAGGCUUUCUCCAGAAUUCUGACGGCGGCUGAUGGGCCAGAUGACCUCGCUGAGGUCCCGCAACAGGACUACGAUUCCGAGGCUUCGGAGUCACAGGUUCGUGCCGACUCUCGGCCACAAAAACGCCAUUGGAAAGGAGAGAAGGGCUCUGCUAAUCCGGACAGGGGCAAGGCCCCCGCCAAGCGCGACAAACCGUCUCCUCUCGCUCCCUCGCCUGAACAUCAAUACUCCUCGGACGAGGAGGAUAAGCUUUCUCCGUCCAUGAAUAUUCUGGACUCGUGGCAGGCCGCGGACUCCGACGUUCCGGAGGACGCCUGGGGCUCAGAUGAGGGCGCGUUUUCCGGUGACCAAAAGGGCACCUUUCUCGAAACCGCCCAGCUACCCGACGACUCGGCGCCACUGCUGGAGGAUGAGGAAACCAUCCUGGACCCCUCCGGCCAACGUCUCUUCGAUCCGAGAAACAUCCGUCAUCCACGUUCUGGGAACUGGACGCCUCCGGAUCACCUCGCAAAGUUUAUGCACCUAUGGCUACGCAAACCUAUGGACAAAACGAUUCGCAACCGUUUACGAUCCGAAUGCCCUCGCCCUCUGUUACCCGACUUCGUGGCGCAAACUCCGGAGUUCGACCAGAUCAUGACCACCUUUAUGUCUAGGGGUGGUCAGGACCCUCGCAAAGGGGUUGAGAAGGCAUUCCACGGCGUGCAGGAUAAGCUGUUGGACUCCAUUGGUCCACUUUCCGCAUUUUGUAUUUGGCGGAUGAUGCCCUAG